AUGCGGAAGAUACAGUCAUGGAAGGACAAGAUAAUCGCCUUCACUAAUCGACGAAAGGCGGAAUUUUCUUACGUUGCAAAUGAUUCGACUGCGGCUCAGGCAGAAUCAUCUUCGCCUACCGCGCAAAUCAGUGCAGCAGUCGCGCAACCUGCAGCGAAACGCACCUUUGGGAUUGCUGAACUGCGUGAGAACAUUCUCUGUCGGUUGGACGUCUACAGUCGAUUGGGUGCUUGGAGGGUGUCAAGCUCGUGGCACGGCACUAUCGAACACAUUUUCCAAUCUGACAACCACAACCGCCGCCUGUACGAUCCUGUAGAAUAUGGCGACGCUCAGAUUUCUGGAAAGACCCCAGCGUGGUUACAGCCCAGCUUCGAAGAACUCGAGAACUGCGCAGAAAAGGUCUGCGGGCUUGAUGGUCCAGGCUUCGGACUACUAUAUGCACCUGCCCGCCUGUCCCAGGCUAUAGCAUUGACGGUGAAGACUAUAGAUCUUCUUCAUACCCAAUAUGCGCGUUUCUGGGCCCCGGCAAUGCCAUCUCCGUAUGGCAUACAGUACGAUAAUACCAGCUUACCGGUACCGCAAUGGCUGGACUUCACCCAAUUCCAACUCGCACCCUGCGUCGCCGAUAUCUUCGGAGAGCGGUUCCAGAUGCAGCGAGGCAGGUAUGAGGUCUCCCUUAGAACGAAUGCACCCACAGCAAACCUGCUACUAGGCCCAGAUGUAGACGUCUUAGGUCUUCGCCGAUGCCUGGGCUCAACAUUUGCCACACAACCACCUUGUCAGACUAUCGGUGUUUACGCGGUACAGGCACAAGAGGAACCCACCCUGAGACUUCUCGAGCGCAUCCACGACAUCGAAGGCAUUCGUCUUGUCCAGCUUCUCGAAACACUUCACAAACAAACUGGCUCUCUUCUGGAACACUGGAAUGCGGCAGUCGUCAAAGUGCAGACAGGUCUCAAAUUCUAUGAACCGGCUGAAUUAUACUAA